AUGGGAUGGUCGCUGUCGCUUUCCUUCUUUGCUCUCGUGUAUUUCAUUCUCUGCUCUGUGUACCUACUGCUAGGUGUGAGCAGACGCAGUCAGUGGCAGAAAGCCUCGUUGAAAUGUCUGCCUAUUGGGUCCCUUCUCCUACUAGCUGUCUGGACAAGUCAGCUAGAACACCAACCCAGCAGAGGAGAUACUACCAGUGAGCAGCACGUGACGGAGGGAAGGGGAGAAACAAUCCGACUUUUACUCCUGGGGUUGGGUUUAUCCAUCGCUGGUGAUGCACUUCUUGUGUUUCGUGGAACUCUCGGUCUCCUCGGUGUACUGUCUUUUUCAGUUGCUCAGUGUGUGUACAUUGCACUGUUUGGUCUCACAUUGGAGCGAGUGGCGGAGCAGUCUUUUCUGGGGCUCUUGUCUGGACUUGGAGUCUUUUCCCUCUCUCUCUUGAUUCUCCUGGUGUUCAGUUGGAGGUUCAGUACUGUGUUGAAGAGCGGCGAGCAUGGAAUGAGGCGGAGGUUUAUCGGUCUCGUGAUGCCAAUUGCACUGGCGUACUUUGUCCUGAUCUCUCUUAUGUUGUGGUCGUCAAUACUACAGCUGCAGCAGGCUUUCAAUCUUCUCAAUGUUCUUGGGGCCGUUGGGGGUCUCUUGUUUUACGUGUCCGACAUCCUGAUAGCUGCUGGAGCCAUAUGGCAACUGAGAGUUCUACUGCAUGGCAGGAUACUGGUCAUGACCACUUAUUUUGGUGCUCAGUUACUCAUCACCAUCUCUGUAGUAGCAACAUAA